AUGUGUGAUACUCGUUGUGAUUGUGAUGAAGUAGAGAGAAAUUGUCCCGCACCUCUAAGUUGUAGGAAAGCAAAUCCAAACAAUUGUUCAACUUAUUGGCAAUGUGAUGCUAGUGGAAAACUCUUUGAAAAGUCAUGUCCUAACAGUUUAUAUUGGAAUGACAAUUUACUUACUUGUGAAAAGCUUGAUGACAGUACAUGUCCUUUUAAACUUGUAGGUUUAGAAGUAAGGGAAGAUAUUGGGAUACAGGCAAGAGAUAGUUUUGUUUUAGAACUUCUAGUUCCAAUAAUAAAAAUUCUUUAUUGUCAAUUUUAA